CGCGGGCUGUCAGGGUCCCCGGGGGCCGGCCGCCCUCAGAUGAGCUGGAGGGGGCGCCUGGUGGGCCUGGCCUUCUGCACCUGCUACCUGGCGGCCCACCUCACCAACAAGUACGUCCUGUCUGUCUUGAAAUUUACCUGCCCUUCGUUGUUCCAAGGGUGGCAGACGUUAGUUGGUGGACUUUUGCUUCAUGUGUCAUGGAAACUGGUCUGGGUGGAGAUCAACAGCAGUUCAAGAUCUGAUGUUUUGGCGUGGCUUUCUGCUUUGGUGCUGUUUGUGGGCAUAAUCUAUGCCGGUUCCAGAGCAUUAUCCAGACUGGCCAUUCCUGUGUUUCUCACUUUGCACAAUGCAGCUGAAGUCAUCGUCUGUGGGCACCGAAUGUGUUUUCGGAAAGAGAAAAGGCCUCCUGCCAAGAUCUGUAGUGCCCUCCUGCUCCUGUCCGCUGCGGGGAGCCUCCCCUUUAAUGAUGCCCAGUUUGAUCCAGAUGGGUACUUCUGGGCUGUAAUUCACUUACUCAGUGUAGGGGCCUGUAAGAUUCUCCAGACGUCCCUGAAGCCCAGGGCGCUGAGUGACAUCGACCAGCAGUACCUAAACUAUAUAUUCAGCAUGGCGCUCCUGGCAGCCGCAGCGCAUCCCACAGAUGACCUCCUCUGCGCCCUGGACUUCCCCUUCUUGUAUGUCUACAGAUUCCACAGCAGCUGCUGCGCCAGUGGCCUUUUGGGGUUCCUCCUCACACUCAGCGCCGUGAAGCUGAAGAGCCUGGUGGCCCCCGGGCAGUGUGCGGCCUGGCUGCUCCUGGCUCAGGUGGCCACAGCUGACUCCUCAGUGCUGCUGUUCGAGGGCGUCCUGACCAGGGAGGCCGUGGGAUGCCUCCUGCUCGGUGGUCUGGGAGAGGCCUUGCUGGUUUUCUCAGAGAGGAGGGGCGCCCCGAGAUGACGAGGUGACGAUGGAA